AGCUGCAGUAUCUGCCCUGCUGUCUGCGCAUACACACCGGUUUAUUCAGCCCCUCUAUGGACUGGACUGUUGAAAUCCUGCCCCAGUGUCAAAACUGACCGCUGACGUCGGGUUUGAACCCUCAGUGUAUGUGUACUAUCAGUGUUAUGCAACUUUACCUCGCUCCAUGGAAAGUUAAUAUUUAGCUAAAAAAAACCUGGGAUUGAAAAAGGCUUCAAGAACAACACGUGAUGUAAUAAGGAAAACACCACUAUUAAUCCUUGAGAUUUCCAACCCAGCAUACAGGUGGCGACAGACAAGGUUGCAGGCAAGCUGAGUUCGACUCUUUCAUGGGUGAAGAACUCAGUGUCGCAUACGGUGAGUCAGAUGGCUAGUCAGGUGGCCACGCCUUCCUCGCUGCACACCACUGCGGCCUCGUCCACUGCCUCACUGUCCUCGCCCUCUUCAGCCUCCCCGACCCAGCUCAGCCCAGAUGAUGUGGAGCUAUUGGCCAAACUAGAGGAGCAGAACAGGUUGUUGGAGACUGACAGCAAGUCUUUACGGUCUGUAAAUGGCUCUAGGAGGAACAGUGGCUCCUCACUUGUGUCCAGUUCAUCAGCCUCUUCCAACUUAUCACACUUGGAGGAGGAUUCAUGGAUCCUGUGGGGACGCAUCGUCAACGAGUGGGAAGAUGUGCGGAAGAAGAAGGAAAAACAACUGAAGGACUUGGUUAGGAAGGGCAUUCCGCAUCACUUCCGGGCAAUAGUAUGGCAGCUGUUGUGCAGUGCCCAGAAUUUGCCCAUAAAGGAACAGUACUCUGAGCUGCUGAAGAUGACCUCGCCCUGUGAAAAACUCAUCCGCAGAGACAUUGCCCGGACCUACCCCGAACAUGAGUUUUUUAAGGAGAAGGACAGUCUGGGGCAGGAGGUGCUCUUUAAUGUUAUGAAGGCUUACUCUCUGGUUGAUAGAGAGGUGGGCUACUGUCAGGGGAGUGCUUUUAUUGUCGGCCUUCUUCUUAUGCAGAUGCCAGAAGAGGAGGCUUUCUGUGUGUUUGUGAAACUGAUGCAGGACUACCGGUUGAGAGAACUCUUUAAACCCAGUAUGGCUGAAUUGGGCCUCUGCAUGUAUCAGUUUGAAUGUAUGAUUCAGGAGCAGCUCCCAGAGCUCCAUGUGCACUUCCAGGCCCAGAGUUUUCACACCUCUAUGUAUGCUUCCUCCUGGUUCCUCACUAUCUUCCUCACCUCCUUUCCCCUUCCUGUUGCCACUAGGAUAUUUGACAUAUUCAUGUGUGAGGGUUUAGAGAUAGUGUUUCGUGUGGGGAUGGCCAUCCUUCAGAUGAAUCAGGCAGAGCUCAUGCAGUUGGACAUGGAGGGGAUGUUGCAGUACUUUCAGAAGGCCAUCCCUCCCCAGCUGGACAGUGGACCCGACAAAGUUAUUCAGGCUGCAUAUCAAGUUAGGUACAAUGCCAAGAAAAUGAAAAAAUUGGAGAAGGAAUACACUACAAUCAAAUCCAAGGAGAUGGAGGAACAGGUAGAAAUUAAGAGACUACGCACAGAGAACAGACUCCUGAAGCAGCGAAUAGACACUCUGGAGAAAGAAAGUGCUUCUUUGGCAGAUAGAUUGAUUCAGGGUCAGGUGACACGAGCCCAAGAGGCGGAGGAGAACUACCUGGUCAAGCGGGAGCUGGCCACGGUCAAACAACAGAAUGAAGAGGCCGGUGCACAGCUGGAGCAGGCACAAAGCACCAUCCGACAGCUCCAGCAACAGCAGCCAUAUGCGGAGAGGAACCCACGCUACUCUGAGGAGUUCAUCCUGCAGUUGGAGAGAGAACUGGUGCAGGCCCGACUGCUGGAGGCUGAGUCCCAGUGCGCACUAAAAGAGAUGCAGGACAAAAUCCUUGACAUGGAAAAGAGAAAUGCAUCCCUGCCAGAUGAGAAUAAUGUGGUACGUCUACAAGAGGAGCUAAUUGGUGUAAAACUGAGGGAGGCAGAGGCUAUGACAGGCUUUAAAGAGCUUAGACAGCAGGUCAGAACACUGGAGGAGCACUGGCAGAGGCAUCUGGCACGCACGGCGGGUCGCUGGAAAGAUGGCCCUCGGAAGAAUGCAGUAAGUGAACUGCAGGAUGAGCUGAUGAGUGUGAGGCUCAGGGAGGCAGAGGCUCAGGCCGAGCUCAGAGAGACCAGACAGAGGAUGCUGGAACUGGAGACCCAGAAUCACAUACAUAAUAAUCAGCUGCGACGUGCAGAACAGGAGGCACGGAAUCUACAUGAGCGACUGCAGGUUUUGACCCAUCAGAAUAAGACGCUGCAUGCUGAGCUGCAGGAGACGAAACGGAAACAGGCUGAAAUAGAGUGCAAGGUGAAGAAUAAGGAAGAGGUAAUGGCAGUGAGACUGAGAGAAGCUGACAAUAUAGCUGCCAUGGCUGAGCUUCAGCAGCAGAUCUCUGAGCUUGAGAUUCAGAAAGAGGAAGGAAAGGUCCAAGGCCAGCUAAACAACACAGACUCCAGUCAGUACAUUAGAGACCUGAAAGACCAGAUAGCUGAUCUCAAACAUGAGGUCCGAUGUUUAAGAGGGCAAAAGGGCAUACCCGACCAACCCAAUUUUGAUGGGAUUCAUAUUGUAAAUCAUUAUAGAGGGGAUAAUGAAUCCUACCAGUCCUCUGAUGAAGAUGGAGUGAAGCUGUCACCCCAUCUGACUGGUCAUCAGGUUAGAGGCCGGAUCACACUACAUCCAAACCUUGAGGAUUCAGAAAGUGAGGGUGAUGAUGAAGGAGAUGCCCUACGACUUACUUUGUCCUCAAAUGUCAGCUGUAAGACAACUACAGUGUGAUCAUCUGCAUUGGUCAUACAGACCAGCAUCUAAAGCCUGAGAGGGAGAGUAUGUCUGUAAGCUCAUCCUUAAAACCUCAUGUGAGAGGGGACAUUUAAAACUGCCUACAUAGCAUUGAGCAUGGGAUUCGAACUUGAGAACUUGAAAAGUCUUCGCUCAUCUUUACAAAUGGACUUUGCAGUCAUAUCUCAUAAGGUCAUGGUUUACAUCUGCAUUUGUUUUGUUUUUGCCAAAAUGUGUCAGAUGACCAGGCUCAGUAAGAGGCUUAAUGUGCCUCUCUAGACUCUUUGAGACCCUAGUUUUAAAGAUCGUCAUAAAGUGGUAGGAGAUCCACAGACCUUAAGAGAGGGUGUUUCUGAUACCCCGUGAUUUUUUCACAUUAUGAGAAGCGACUUUGUAUAGUGUAGUUUUUUAUGUAUUGUGAUACAAUUUCAUUGUCAUAGCUUUUAUUUUUUUAUUCAUCCAUUUUUUAACACCAUGAGAAACCAGUGAGUGCAUUUGCUGGUGUUCAUAACUUUGAGGGAACACUAUCAUCUUUAAAGGAAUUUUCAGGGUUCAAUACAAGUUAAGCUCAACGCACAGCAUUUGUGAUAACCACAAAAAUGUAAUUUAGACAUUUCCCUUCCUUUCUAUAAAAAAAAAAAAAAACUGGGUUAUAGUGAGGCAUUUAGAAUGGAAGUGAAUGGCAUCCAUACCGUAAACGUUUGAAUACUGUCUGUUCAAACGUAUAGCCACAAGACGUAAACAAUAUGUGUGUUAACAUGAUUUUAGUGUGAAAAAAAUCACUAAUUAAUAUUUUCUGUGUGAAGUUAUAUCCAAUUUUACAACUUCAGUGCCAAGACAAUGUAACGCUGUAAACCCUAAUACGACUGUAAAAACGAUGAUUUAAACAACUUUACAGUGCAAAUAACGUUUUAACAAAAUAAUUAAUGUAAGUGCUUUUAUAAAAUUAUAGGCUUCACAUUUCUGCCUUUUAAACCCUCAAAAAAUUGUCUCCAUUCAUUUCCAUUGUACUUUAAGUGCCUCACUGUAACCUAAAAUUUUAUUUUAGAAAAAUAUAUUAUGUAUAAAUUAUUUUUAUGUUAAUCAACGUUAUGCCACAAAUGCUGUCGAUUGAGCUUAGCUUUUAUUGAACCUGGAAUAUUCCUUUAAAUCGACAUUUAACUUUCCCAUAUCAAUUCAGCAGUGUCAUAUCAAAAGUCAUCAACUGCAUAGCCUUUUCUCCUGGCAUGAAUUAUACGAUUGGGUUUUUGAAUGUACAUUAUGCAGUGUCUGUAAAGGAUCCAACAUCUUUGUAAAUAUGUACAUGUUUUGACUUUUUCAUAUCCAUUAUUACUUGAAAAUAUGUAUUCAAUUGAUAUCAUCAUGUCUAAAUUGUAAUGUAUUGUACAGUUUAGUUGAGAGGGAUGUACUCCUGAUUUUGGGAGGUGUUUGGAGGCAACAAAAUUCCCUGGCACACUGCUCUUCAUUAAUUCUUUUAUGUACUGUAGGUUUGAUGUUGUCGGUUUUCCAUUUCAGAGGAUGGAGUUUUGUGUUCACACAGUUGUUUUUGGUGCCUGGAAAGCUCUAUGAAAUUUUUUUUUAUUUAUAAUAUUUUUGAGCAUGUUAUGAUUUAUGAAUUCUUGCAAACAGGUGGAAUUGGAGGCACAGAGAGAGAGGCUAUCUCAAUGUUAUUUUUAUUUCUGUGGCCUUACUCAAGCUAGGCACUCUAUGCCAUUACAUGCAAUGAAAAUACAAGUCAAAUUGCUGUCCCUCCUUUUCUUUAUACAUUGGUAUUUGAAAACAACUUAUUAAAUAGCUUCAGAAUCGGUUUGUAUUUUUGCACAGACGACAUGCAUAAGACUUCACGGCAACGAAAAAUACUACUUUUCCCUCAGUUUAUGGCAAUAGCUAGAUUUCAUUUAGCUUUACUUUCUAUUGUUUGUUGAUCACCUCCAGUAAGUUUUAGGAUAUGUGUCCUGAUGCUGCGUUUGAAGAUGUGGCUGGAAGGCAAAGUCAUCUUCAAAGAAAAAGAAUGAAGAAUUUUAUAUCAGUAUCACAGAAGUCUGCUGUAUAUUGAUGUUCAGUUCAAGCCUUAAAAACUACCCUGAUAAAUGUAAAGUUGGUACACUAUUUGCCCACCUUUUAAAAAGGCCAGUCCACCUACAAAAUAAAGACAUUGUGAAUUGAACAAACUUCUGUUUGCAAAGAACAAAACACUAAUGUGAUGUAAACAAGAAAUAAACAUUAUUUAAUAUACAGUCAAAUCUUUGGAAACUGGUUCUGGAGUGUUUUACAUUGAAUUCCAGUGGAAACUGGAUGUUCCUGUCAUUAAGGAGGCUUUACAGACAGUUGACCAUGCAGAGAUGAGUGUAUUGAAAAUGACGUUGAUUUAAAUCGCAAUAAAAAUAUCAUUUUAUACAGUAUGUGUACAAUUUACGUGCAUUGUUCACCAUUCUUCAUGCAACAAAAUGAAUAAAAUGAACAUGUAAUG